UGGUUUUGACUUUCUCCUGAAUCUCUAUGAUGUUUGUUUCUGUCUAUAUUCUGAAUUCUAUUUCUGACAUCUUAGUCAUUUCAGCAUAGUUAUUGCCUUGGACCUGGUGUGGUCAUUUGGAGGUGAGAAGACACUCUAGAUUUUUGAGUUGCCAGGUUCCUUCUCAUCUGUAUGGACUGAUGUUCCCUAAGUCUUUGGAGUUAUUGUUCUUCAGGUGACUUUUUUUUUUUUUUUAAUUUUCUUUGAUGCUUUUACAGUUUUGGUUCUGGUUUAAGGUAGGUUCAAUAGACCGAAUUUAUUUCUGGAAGGUUUUAGGGGGCCAAGUAUUAGCUCAGCACUCCUGGACUGCAUGUUUAAGUCUAGGGUGUUAUACCAGGACCUCAGCUUUGGUCUCUGGCCCUUUGAGGUUUAGAAUCUGAUUUGUUGGGAGGCUGAGGUAUCCCAUUCUUCUGGCCACAACUCUACAAUGCUGGUGCUGGCAGGGUUCACUCCUGUUGGAGUGGGGCUUGGGUGGGGCACCGGUGGCAGUGAGCCUGCAGUGGUUCUGUGUAUGCUCAUGCCUAUGGUAGCGGCAGUGUGGCUGGUGUAGGGGGGUGGCAGAGGCAGAGGCAGGGUUGCCAGCAUCCAUGUAUGCAUUUGUGCUGGUGGUGGCAGUGUAGCAGGGUGGCUCCUCUGUCAGUGGGGGUUGGACAAUGAACUCUACUUGCACCAGCUGUGGUGGCACAGUGGGGUGCAUGUACACACAUGUACUGGCUGAGUAAGGGAGGAAGGUCUGCCUACAUGGGGAGACAGAGACUGUAGUGGGGCAAGGCUGCAGAUUGGCUAGUGGGCAUUGUCAGGGGCUGGUCUACUGGAACUUUCCAACAAUCAGGCAUGGUCUUCCAGUGAAGGAGCUAUGAUGAUAACCCCAGGGAAGCAACUUGGUUGGGCAUCAGAGUGUUUCAAGCAGGUACAGCCAGGCUGGGGCCCCAGGAGAGGCCAGCAGACAUAGGAUGUGCACUUUGGACUGGUCCCAUCCCAUUUGCAACACCACAGUGCUCUUUUCAGGCCUGACAGUUUCUCAAAGGUUGAAGUCUCUUAGAGAAGCAUGGAGAGUGUGGGGGAAUGGGCACCCUGGCCAUGCUUUACUGCAGCUGUUCUUCUGCCAAAUGCCUGGGCUCUACACAGGAUGGAAUCCUGUUUCUUCUACCUCUCUGAACAACUCUGUCAGCUCAAGUGUCUGUGGGAGUCAUGGGCUCUCUUGCUGCCAGGAUUUUUGGAGGUUCCUGCUAGGAUUGUGUCUAAGCAGAGCCUCCGCAUCUGUUCUUAACCUCAACUGCAGCCUUAUCCUUUUACCCAUGUGCCGAACGCUCUUGGCUUACCUCCGGGGGUCACAGAAGGUUCCAAGCAGGAGAACCAGGAGAUUGUUGGAUAAAAGCAGAACAUUCCAUAUUACCUGUGGUGUUACUAUCUGUAUUUUCUCAGGCGUGCACGUGGCUGCCCAUCUGGUGAAUGCCCUCAGUUUCUCAGUGAAUUACAGUGAAGAUUUUGUUGAACUGAAUGCAGCAAGAUACCGAGAUGAGGAUCCUAGAAAACUUCUCUUCACAACUGUUCCUGGCCUGACAGGGGUCUGCAUGGUAGUGGUGCUGUUCCUCAUGAUCACAGCUUCUACUUAUGCAAUAAGAGUUUCUAACUAUGAUAUCUUCUGGUAUACUCAUAACCUCUUCUUUGUCUUCUACAUGCUGCUGAUGUUGCAUGUUUCAGGAGGACUGCUGAAGUAUCAAACUAAUUUAGAUACCCACCCUCCCGGCUGCAUCAAUCUUAACCGAACCAGCUCUCAGAAUAUUUCCUUACCAGAGUAUUUCUCAGAACAUUUUCAUGAACCUUUCCCUGAAGGAUUUUCAAAAUCAGAAGAGUUCGCUCAGAACACAUUUGUGAAGAUUUGUGUGGAAGAGCCCAGAUUCCAAGCUAAUUUUCCACAGACUUGGCUUUGGAUUUCUGGACCUUUGUGCCUGUACUGUGCUGAAAGGCUUUACAGGUAUAUCCGGAGCAAUAAGCCAGUCACCAUCAUUUCCGUCAUAAGUCAUCCCUCAGAUGUCAUGGAAAUCCGAAUGGUCAAAGAAAAUUUUAAAGCAAGACCUGGCCAGUAUAUUAUUCUACAUUGUCCCAGUGUAUCUGCAUUAGAAAAUCAUCCAUUUACCCUCACAAUGUGUCCUACUGAAACCAAAGCAACAUUUGGGGUUCAUCUUAAAAUAGUAGGAGACUGGACAGAACGAUUUCGAGAUUUACUACUGCCUCCAUCUAGUCAAGACUCUGAAAUUCUGCCCUUCAUUCAAUCUAGAAAUUAUCCCAAGCUGUAUAUUGAUGGUCCUUUUGGAAGUCCAUUUGAGGAAUCACUGAACUAUGAGGUCAGCCUGUGCGUGGCUGGAGGCAUCGGAGUAACUCCAUUUGCAUCAAUACUUAACACCCUGCUGGAUGACUGGAAACCAUACAAGCUUAGACGACUAUACUUUAUCUGGGUAUGCCGAGAUAUCCAGUCCUUCUGUUGGUUUGCAGACUUACUCUGUGUGUUGCAUAACAAGUUUUGGCAAGAGAACAGACCUGACUAUGUCAACAUCCAGCUGUACCUCAGUCGAACAGAUGGGAUACAGAGAAUUGGAGAAAAAUAUCACAUACUGAAUUCAAGACUUUUUAUUGGACGUCCUCGGUGGAAACUUCUGUUUGAUGAAAUAGCAAAAUGUAACAGAGGGAAAACAGUUGGUGUUUUCUGUUGUGGGCCCAAUUCACUAUCUAAGACUCUUCAUAAGCUGAGUAACCAGAACAACUCAUAUGGGACAAGAUUUGAAUACAAUAAAGAGUCUUUCAGCUGAAAAUCCUUGCCAUGAAGCAGGACUUUAAGGAAGGAAUGAGUGCAAUUUCUAAGACUUUGAAACUCAGUGGAAUCAAACAGCUGUGUUAUGCCAAAGAGUAGCAAGGUUUUCUUAUUUAUGAUUAUUUAAAAUGGAAGUGUGAGAAUGUGGCAAGAUGAGUGGUCACAUUACAUGUUUAAUCUGGAAACCAAAGAGACCCUGAAGAAUAUUUGAUGUGAUGAUUCACUUCUCAGUUCUCCAAUUAAAGGAAAACUAUUAGAUGCACACUGUUGAUUUUUAUGGUGGAUUUAAGAACUCCCUAGUGAGGAGCUGAACUUGCUCAAUCUAAGGCUGAUCAUCUUGUUCCUCUUUAUAUUGUUUUUGGUUGAACAAAUGCAAGAUUGAACAAAAUUAAAAAUUCGUUGAAGCUCAAAUUCCAUUUUCUAUGUUGUAUAUAAACAGAGUAGCUUUAAUUUGCAAGCACUCCAGGCAAAUAUAUUAGAUGUUUGAAAACACAGCACAAGACUCUGUACUGAUACGGGUACUUUGUGUCAAUAUCUAAUUGUCUCUACUAUUUAUGCUAAUACCUCUAUUUGAUAUCUGUAGACUAUAUGCUAACUGAACCUUCCUCAAAUGUUGUUAUAGUAUCCAAUUAUAUAUAUUUUUUUCUUUUUAUUCCUCUCUCUAGGGAAAUAUGCCUUCCCUUAGCAUGCAUUAGACAUAAUGAUUUAAUAAGUCCUUUUCAUCUUUAAUUUAUUUAAUCUAUCACUAUUGCAUGGAAAGGAAAAUAUCCCUAUUAUAAAUUAUAAAGACAUAUAUAUACUGAGUUUUUCCUUUUUCAGCAUUUUUGUCUUCAUUAUUAUUAUUUCAUUUUUUUCACAGGUACAAUUUGUCUUAGGCUGUAGCCUCUUAGGAUACUUAGUUAAUUUGCACUUUGAGACCAAAGGACAUUAUGUCUGUCGGUAGGCACUGAAUAUAAGAUUUAUCUCCUUUGUCAUACAUUGGUUUAUGAUGGAGAUAUUGAAAGUAUAGUCAUAUUCCUGAACAGUAAAACCUGUAUUUUACCUUCUACAUAAAAGGAAAUACAGUAUUCUUAUUCAAAUUUAAGUUUAUAAUCCAGAAUAUUAUUGUUGCACUUUUUGGUAUCCUGAGCUUCCAUAGGGAACUAUUGGGUUUAAAGUCACUGUUGGAACUACACUGUGUGAUCUUAUCAUUUUCUGUUCCCUGUCUAUCAUAUUCUUGGCUCAGAACAAUAUUCCCCAUUACUAUCUUAAGAAUUAAGGGAUUCGUAUGAUUUAGUGAUUUUGUUUGGGAGUCAACCAUCAAUUUCUAUCAAAUAUAACACAUUGCUGAAAUCAGCAGUGUGACUUGCCUUGCCAUUGUUAAAUUGUUACAUAAAAUAUAACAUGGUAGAUGCAACUGUCAUUUUUUGCUAUAAUUCAUCAAUAGCAAUCAAGCAUGCUAACCCAUAUUGAAUGAUAUUUACUUGUUGGUAUUUCUUCCUCUCCUUGGAGUUCUCAUUUCUUUGGAAAGAAGAUGAAUCCACAAAAGUGAUGGGAAAUGUGCAAUGUUCAUGCAGAUUUAGCUCUGAAGGCAUAUUUAAUAAUAAGUACGUCUUGACAACAUUUUCUAGAUUAAAAAGAAUUUUCAUGAAAAUGUAUAACAGAAAGAACUAGUAGAAAGAAACUUUGAGUUAGUCCAGGCUUAAUGUCCAAUACUGACUCUAUACUGAUCAUACUUUAUGUGAUUACAUUAAUGUAUCUAAUUUCAAUAAAACAGGUAGAAGAUUUUUCAAAAGAAAGAUGAUGUUUCAAAGCCAGUCUGCUGUUCUAGAUGAACCUCCUGGCUUACUUAAGUUCCAGUAGGUGUUCAAAUGUUAAAUGUUAACAUAGGUCGUUUUUGCUUCUACAGCGCUUCCUUCAUCUUGCAUGUUUAAGAGAAAUUUGUUUUAUUUUGAGGAAUUAUUUCUCUGGGGACAGUUCUUAAAAUAUAAGCCUUAAAGUCACUGAUUUUAUUAGCAAUAAAUGUUAAAAUUGAAA